AUGUCGAUUUGCGUGGAUUACUACUAUCCAAUGUUGGAAAGGCACCUCCUGUCUUGCAGCAACUACAGUUAUAUAAGCGCAUCCUGCUGCUCCGUGAUGAUCAAGGAGAAGGAAGAGGAACAUCGAUUGGAAUCACCAAUGCCGUGGAUCGGCAUCUAUGCUGCAGCAGCAUCUCUAGUCUGCUCCCUUGCAAUGGUUGCUGACAUCUUCCACGGGUUUCGCCACAGAAAACUGUGGUUUCCAUGCAAAUUUUUCACUCUCAAUGCUGCUUCGUUGACAUUACUAGCUGUAUCAAUGAAGCUGCCAGUGGAUCUGAGUACCACUAUGCCAGGCGAGUUGGAUCAGCUGGCCAAACUUACCAGCACCACCCUGAUGUCUACAGUGAUAGGUAAUUUUAUGCCAUCCAUAGGAGCUAUGGAUGACACAGAAAUUUUCAUGAACAUAACAGCCUUGACUAUUCUCGUGAUCACUGUUUUUGUUAAUAUUUGCAUCCAAUUAAAUACUCAACUAAUAAAUCCUUCAUUCGAGAUAGAACACAUUGCAGCUAUAUCUUUCAUGCUUGUUUUGCUUGUACUGUUGAGUUUCUCAGCUUUGACGGUUUCCACCACUAAAAAGUGUCUGCAACUGAAGUAUGAUGAUAUACACAAAACAAUUUCGAGUGAAGAACCACAAGAAACCGAAAAGUUCACAAUUGAAAAAUUGAAAGUAAAUGUUGAAAAAUAUUGGAUGAUAGCAAAAUCUAGUAGCCCUCAGUUUGUUGUGGCUCGUUCAGUUACCUGUUAUGCUUCAGGGACAAUUUGUUUCUUGGCUGCAUUCACUUUGGCAGAAGCGCACCUCAGAAUAUUUAUUCGCGACGAUCACUACUAUAUUAAUCCAAGCAACGUUAGAUCAAAUUAUAGGUGGUCAGCCUUUGUCGUUCUUGUGAUUCAAUCUUUUGGUGUGGUAGGAGGUACAAUUGCCCCGACAUUUAGAUGGUUCACCGCCAUAAGCUUAAGGUGCAAAGAGGAAAGAGUGAAGAGCUACAAAACUGAGUUGAAAACAGAAAAUUAUUGGAUCGAAAGGCUACUAGAGUGGAAAGAGAGCCCUUUAGCUUUACGAGUCGGGAGCCAAAAAUUCAGAAAACUUGUUCACAACACAAAAAAUCUAAUUCUGGACUUCUGUAUAGCAGUCCAGGUUGUGAUUGUCUUGGCUAGCAAAUUAGUUGUGAUCGUCUUGGCUAGCAUAUUAUUUGUGCUUAUCUAUUUGAUCUUAAUAAGCCCAUUCAUGUUAUUUUGGAACUUGUACAACGAGUUUAUUGAGAAGAUCAUAUCUAAACAUACUGCCUCAACCAAUCACACGAGAUCAGAAUCAGGGCCUGGUACAGAGCUAGAUCUCAGUCCUUAUGUUUUGUAUCUCGAAGGUGAGGAGGAACUGCCUUUACAGAUUAUGAAGAACAAUAGGGAUGCUACCAAUCAUUUUAUCCAGGAGGGUAAAAAGCGGCAGCCAAAAUAUUUGAAAGAGCUUUUAGAUCAAUCUACAACGUUCACUGGGGUGACAAAGUUUGACAGUCACCAAGUUCCAUCUUUGGCUUCUGAAGAACCUUCCAAUUGUUGGUCUCUUCCUGUGGUUACUCUUACAAGUAUAGCCAUUGCACUUCCAAACAUUGAAAAACACAAGGCGAAGUGGUUGCUCAGAAGUGUGAGUGAAGGCCUCUUGUAUGCCAACCUUGUAGAGAAAUUCUUGAAUGCCAAAAGUGAUAUGGUAAGCAUCAGAAAUGCAGUAGACACGGUGUGGUUAGGAGUUGAUCUUUUUCACAGGUGGCUAGAUGAAGAUCUCCAGAAAAUCUCUCUUGAAGGAAACAACUCAACGGAGACUCUUGAGAAACUUGCUGACAUAGCUAAAAACAGUGUCAUCGAGUUCAAGGCAAACACGAAUGGAGAUCGGAAGGAGAACCCUCAAAAUUGGCCCAUCAAGGUUAUUGCUGCAAAUUCAAUGUACAGAAUUAGCCGAACCGUGCUAGAGAACCACCGAGGCAGCAAUGACCAGACUGAUGAGACACUGUUCGAGCAAUUAUGUAUUAUGAUUGCGGAUAUAUUGGGUGCUUGUCUCACCAACUUACCGCGUGUCAUAAUUAUGAAAUGUUUUUGCAGUGCCAUAGAAGAGAGGGAGAAGAGUGUCCAACAUGCUGCUCAACUUCUAGGUGAAACUGAAGAGAUUUUGAAAAUCCUUCAACAGCGCGAGCUUCCCAAUUUGAACCCUGAUAAAGUGGCUUAUAUUGAUGAGUGGCACGCAUUAAUCAAGCAAGAAAAUCCCCUGGCUUUCACUACUUUAAUCAAUGACGGAACAUCUUCUUCUGGCUCUGGUGAAUUGCAUAUAGCUAUUGAAUAG